AUGAACAGACCCGGCACGUCGAAUGCAUGCCUGACCUGUAGAGAGCAGCAUCUGAAGUGUGUUUGGAGUCCGGAGAAACUGGAGGGGCGAUCCAGAACAUGCCUCCGAUGUGUUUCCGUAGGAAGGGUUUGCACAAUCUCCCCGGCCUUCCGUUUUAAGCAUUCGAGCGGGCCAUUCGGCAGAGAACAGUCGUGGGUCCGCUGCCCGAGGCGGUUACGGUUUGUUGAUGAAACACCGGACAUUGAGAGUCACUAUGUCUCAGGAUCCAACACCCUAUUACAAGGCGAUUACGAAGAGCCAGACCAUUCCUCCGAAGGAACGAUAGAAGUCAACGACGCAGAACCGUCUGAGAUAAUUUCCGACCCCAUAAAUAACUCGAUACACGAUUCUCCCUUGCCCGCUUCAACCUCAUAUGACGCUCUACCACGAACCGAACUUUACAGAGAAUAUGGCCUUAUUCCGCAAAAUUCAUUACUGGGAUUAGCCUCUGAAUCUGUCUCAAUACCCCUUACAAAGCCGCACGAAGUGCGUUUGAUGAAGUACUACUUGGAGUACAUGUGCACUUGGUUUGAUCUCUGCGAUUGCCGUAGCCAUUUCGCCAACAUCGUGCCUUAUAGGGCAGCUAACAGCCCGACGCUUCUCAACGCCAUCUUCGCUUUGUCAUCGAGACAUCUUAGCCUAAACGGAGGAUAUGAUCCAUAUGCAUCCGAUCGAUACCAUCAAGAAUGCCUCAAACACCUGUCGACCAUAUCUGGGGACUCGACAGACCUCGCAAACGAUGAUUUACUAGCUGCCACCAUUCUCCUCCGCACGCUGGAGGAGCUUGAUGUUCCACUCCUUGGUACUGACCUUGAGGGUCAUCUUCUUGGGAUACAACUGUUCAUGAAUACACCAAAUUCGACAUCGCCUCCAAGUAGCCUUCGGCAAGCAUCGUUUUGGAUUGGCCUGAGACAAGAAAUAACAAUGAGUUCUGCUACACAAAGACCAGUCAAGAUCAAGCUUGACCACGCCUUCAUCGACCGGUCCUUUUCCCCGGCCGACGACGAUACUUGGGCGAACCGCAUCAUCGUACAUUGCGCAGAAGUCAUGAAUUACUGCUUUGGAAAUGGGGAUCGCAGCAUGGCAGAAUAUCAAGCGCUCGUGGACUAUGACCAAGGCUGGUUGAGGGCUCGGCCGGUGUCGUGGCUGCCGAUAGCUUAUAGUGAGCCACUUGAAUCACACAAUGAAGUGUUUCCCAACAUCUUAUAUGUUUGCCAUGCCGUUGUAAUUGGUAUUGCUCAUGGUAUAUAUGCGCGUUUGCUACUCAUGUGUCACGACGACCGUGGUCCGCGGGUAGGACCAUCAGCGCGAAUAUCCCGAAAAAAAAUUGAUGAUGAUAUACGGAUGCAGUUGCGAGAACUAUGUGGAAUAGCUCUGUCGAAUGUCGCCACGAGACCAGCCAUGUUCACAGCUUGUAUGGGCGUUACUGCCUGUGGCGAUCGGUUUACUGAUAAGAGGGAUCAAGAUGCGCUUCUUAAUGUGUUGAUAUUGACCGAGACGAAACAUUCCUGGCCCACGGCGGCAGCGCAGGCACAUUUGAAAAGAGCAUGGGGCUGGGAAGAGACAUGA